CUGACCGACGCCCAACGGACCAUGUACCAGGAGUACCUGCAGUCGGACAGCCUGCGGCGCAUCCUCCAGGGCAGGCUGAAGGUGUUCGUCGGCCUGAUCGCCAUGCGGAAGAUCUGCAACCACCCGGACCUGCUGUCGGGCGCGCCUGACCCGGAGCAGGAGCUGGAACAGGGGUCGGAGCCAGAGGCCGGUCGGUACGGCUUCUGGCGCCGCUCCGGCAAGAUGGUGGUGCUGUCGGCCCUGCUGCAGAUGUGGCGCCGGCAGCAACACAAGGUGCUGCUCUUCACGCAGAGCAGACAGAUGCUGUGUAUUCUGGAGGCUUUCCUGGUGUCGUGUGACUACCCAUUCCUGAAGAUGGACGGCACGACGACGGUGGGCUCGCGCCAGAAGCUGAUUGGCCGCUUCAACAGCGAGCCCGACCUGUUCGUCUUCCUGCUCACCACCCGCGUCGGCGGCCUGGGCGUCAACCUGACCGGUGCUAACCGAGUGGUGAUCUUUGACCCCGACUGGAACCCGUCGACGGACCAGCAGGCGCGGGAGCGGGCCUGGAGGAUCGGCCAGCAGCGGCACGUCACCAUCUACAGAUUGCUGACGGCGGGCACAAUUGAGGAGAAGAUUUACCAUCGGCAGAUAUUCAAGCAGUUUCUCACUAACCGUGUGCUGAAGGACCCCAAGCAACAGAGGUUUUUCAAGUCCAACGACCUGCAUGACUUGUUCACGCUGACUGAAGACCCGUGCGAUGGGGCGGACGAGGCCCGGGACGGCGCCGAGGGCGCGAGCCGUACCGAGACGGCGGAGAUGUUCGGAGGUAGCCAGGUGAGCGCGGCCGCGCUCCGCCGGCGCCGAGAGCGGCAGCGGCAGGCCCGCCGCGAGCAGCAGGCCCAGCAGCAGCGGCGGGCGCUCAGGCGCAAGCGGCGCCUGCUGGAGAAGGCGCGCCACCUCAGCCGACGGCUGUUCGGAGCGGCGGCGUCAGGCAGCCAGACGGGGCCGGCGGCGCCGAACGGCCAGCACCAGGAGACGGACGGCCAGCACCAGGAGGCGGACGGCCAGCACCGGGAGACGGACGGCCAGCACGAGGAGACGGACGAUCAGCAGCAGGAGACGGACGAUCAGCACCAGGAGACGGACGGUCAGCACCAGGAGGCUGACGGUCAGCACGAGGAGACGAACGGUCAGCAUCAGGAGACGGACGGUCAGCACCAGGAGACGGACGGCCAGAACCAGGAGACGGAUGGCCAGUGCGGCACAGUUCCGGCGCAGUGCGGCCGGAAUGUCACGGCGCUGGUGUCUGAGGCGCGCGGGGCACCUGACGGCCGAGGCGUCGGCGGGCAGGCCGGUCCGCCCCCGGUACCGGCCGGCCCGUCCUCGGUACCGGCCAGUCCGUCUCCGGUACCAGCUGGCCCGCCCUCGGUACCGGCCAGUCCGUCCCCGGUACCGGCCGGCCCGCCCCCGGUACCGGCCGGCCCGCCCCCGGUACCGGCCGGCCCGAGUCAGGACGACGGUAGCAGAGGGACGCGCCGUCGUCGGCGGCGGAGGCGGCGGCCGAGCGAGCUGGAUCCGGUCGAGGGUCUGGUCGACUCGGAGAUGUACCGGCCGCCACAGACGGCCGACGCUGACCGCUCGCAGGAUGACUACGUGCUGACCAAGCUGUUGAAGAAGUCGGGCGUGCACUCGGCGCUGCGGCAGGACGUCAUAGAGGGCCACGGCACGCCCGACGGCGCCAUCCUGGAGGCCGAGGCCAGCCGGGUGGCGCGGGAGGCGGUGGCGGCGCUGCGGGCGAGCCGGCGAGAGGUGCGGGCCGCUGCCGAGCCCGGCGUGCCCACCUGGACCGGCCAGAGCGGCAGGGCCGGCAGGCCCGGCGCCAGGCCGCGGUUCGGCCAGAAAAAGAACCCGCUGCUGGUGACUGCCAAGCCAGCCGCCCCGCCGCCGGUCAAGAAGGCGGCCCCGUCACUGCCGACGCUGUUCGCGCCUGACCCGGCCGGUGCGGAGGAGGGCAGCUGA